GCGGCGCAACGGCUUCAUUCGCACUUAACGGGCAUAUUCGCGAAAGAGCAUGGAAACAGAGAAAAUGCACAAUCCAUUCCGGCAAAACCCAAAACCAGACGCACAGUUUCUUGAAAUCCCGUUGCGAGCAGUCGUGGAUUAUUCCUCCGUAGCUAUCGAGGACAAGUGGAAUACACACCAAAAAUGUAGAAGAAGAAAAAUUCACAAAAAAUUUGCAAGGAAAAAUUGUCAAAAUUUAUAAACGCACAAAAUAAGUGAAUUCAAAUGCGAAAAAAACUGUGCUUGCAAAAAAUAACAGACGGAAAAAACAAAAACAAUUUGCAAUAAUAAUUGAAAGAGAAAGUGAAAACAAAAUAAAAAAGAUUAAAUAUCAAACAGGCAAACGACGGCGAAUACAUAAUACUUGGAAUAAGGAACAAUCAUCAUUUUUUAUUUGUCUGAGUGGAAAGAGCAGUUCUGCCACCUCCACAAGCACUAAGAUUCAGAAAAGAGUCAGUUUUCUUGUGUGUGGAAGUGUGGAUCGACAUAGGACAAAUUCAAAAUGUCGGAUGAACGUCUGCAGCAGCAGAACCAACAGAGGAGACACAACUGCUGCCGCCUGUGUUUAGCUCCAGACAACGAAUGUAUAUCGAUUUUAAACAGUUAUGCAGCCGACAAGGAGCCCUUGGCUAGCAAAAUCCAUAGCUGUGUAUCCAUCAAGAUAUCAUCAACGGAUAAUCUAUCGUUACGCAUCUGUCAUGCCUGCAUCAGUUACUUAAAUUCCUGGCAAUCAUUCAAAAAUCGUUGUUUAUCAGCACAAAAUAAACAACGUUCCUGGCUAGAUGGAUCAUCGUCACCGCAAAAAACAAAAUCCAACGCUGAACAACAAUCACAACACACAACAACAGCAAUAUCAGAUAAUCACAGCGAAGAUCAGCAGCAAAAAGAUGAACAAUCACUGGCCUCCUCCAUAUUGGAGGGAAUAUCAACGUUGAAAAAACGCAAAUCAUUAACAGUCUAUCCUCUACCUGCGGUACAAAUCAAGGAUGAACCAAUGGAUGCAGAAGAUGAUUACAAUAAUGCAAAACAUAACGAUGAAUCCGAUGAGAUGGUUGAUCCAACCAUGUUUUUAGAACGUACAGCCGACGAGGGUGAAGAACCCAUUAUGGAUUCUUCAUCGGCCUAUGAUUAUGAUAAUAUAAGACCACCUGUUGAUAUUGCACCUUUACCAGCUGGUACUGUUAUUCGCAUGAGUACCAAAGAAGCCGCCUGUCGUGCUUGCAAUUUGAAAUUCUCCACCCGGGCUAAUGCCAGGAGGCACGAGAAGAAUUUACAUCCACAUUUGUUUGAUACACUGGAAGAGAAUGACACUACACUGAAUAAGCAAACGGCAGCAUUAAAUGCCUCAUUGGAACUGCAAAGGGCCGUGGCUGCGGCUGUCGCGGCUGAUGCAUGUAAAUUGACAAGUAGUGGUGUUAUAACACAACAAAAAUACCGCCACGAGGUGGUUACCGCUUUCAAUAAUUCCUGCGAGGUUGGCUAUGAUUAUGACAAUCCAGAAAAAUAUCAGCAUUUGUUGACAGAUGAAAAGAUUGUUUUUCUGCAACAAAAUGAUGAAUUUAUACGCCAAUAUCAUGCAAUGACUUGUCGUUGCUGCAAUCGUUUCUACACCACCUACAAAAACUUUAUGGCUCACAUGCGUAAAAAGUACCUUACAUUGCCACGGAACUGUUGCUUCAACUGCCUGAAAUUGAAUGAUUCCAAGGCAUUGUUUAUAUCGCAUUUAAAGAAACGCAAUUGCAUAAAUCUGCACAGGGUACUACACAGCCUCAUGUCGAAAAAUGCCAAUUUUGCAGCGGCCGUUAGUGCCACAGUUGCAGCGGCCCCGGAAAAAUUGCGAGCCAAAGAAUUGCUGGUGAACAAAAUGUACGAGUGCCGUUUGUGCCCGAAAACAUUCCGUUUGAAGUUGGAAUUUCGUACUCAUGUCUAUGAUGAACAUGCCGAUGCCCAGCGUAAAGAUAUCAACACCACACAGUGUAGUUUUUGUGGCAUUGAUAUUGAAGAUCCGGCCGAACGUAAACGUCAUUAUAAUAAUAUGGAUUGUAUUGUUACGUUACGCUGCGUUACAUGCGAUACUAAACAUGAAACGCAACAGAAAUUCAUGGAACAUGUUCAGGAUAAGCAUAUGACAAACUUUGGCGAAUCAACGCCAUUUGGUUUGGGCAAUGCGGACAACUCACCGGGGAAAUCAUCGAAUGUGGGAGGAGUUGGUGGUGCCUCAUCCACCGAUGAAUCCCGCAACAGUUUUAAUGUAAAUCUUGUAAAUACAAGCCAACCGAGAGCUCAAUAUUUUUCACGUAUGCCCCAGGCAUGUCCGAUAUGUGGUCAACAAUACAAUAACUAUAACAAUGUACUACGGCACAUGGAAUCCAAACAUCCUGAUCAAUUGCCACAAACAUAUAAGUGUGUUAAAUGUGGUCAAGGUUAUCCAAGAUUAUCGAAUCUUCGUGAACAUAUGGUUAGUGCUCAUGGUGCGGACAAGGCACGUCACACAGGAUUUGAGUAUAUUGUCAAUGCGGAUGCUGUCAAAGCUGCAACCGACGGCGGAUCAUCGACGGGAGGCAAUUCCCAUAGCCAAUAUACCGGACGUUAUGAUUAUGUUAUGAAGGAUUUGAUGUCUAUAACAAAUGGUGGGACACUGGCUGAUGACGAUGGCGAAUUUGAAAAUUCCUCAAAGAAAAUGCGUUUCGAUGGCCCCGGCUCAAAUGGCGGAACACCAACCAAUGCCAGUCCCCGUGAAUGUCCCAUUUGCAAUGCGGUAUUUGCCAACAACAUUGGUCUCUCGAAUCAUAUGCGUUCGCAUCAGAGUGCAGCCAAUAAUAGCUUCAGCUCAAACUCCAAAUCAUUGGGCGGUGGUAAUAGUUUAAUGCACACAACGUUGUCAUCAGGAGGAACCCAGGCCAUUUUAAAGAAAUCCCUGGAACAGGCUGCCGAUCGUCGGUUCCGUAGAAUGCGUUGUCGCAUUUGUCAGCGUCGUUUCUCCUCGAAGAAAUCCUAUCGUUAUCAUAUGUUAAAUGAUCAUCAGAUACGUAAUGUUCAGUUUAUCAAGUGUAAGCUGUGCGAUGCUGAAUUUGCCUAUGAAAAGGGUCUCAAGGUGCACAUGUUUAAGAUCCACAAUACCUUGUUGAAAGACGACAUGAUUAUCAAACAAUAUGAAUGUGAAAUAUGCUCAAUUGUAUAUCGUACCGAUGUUGAGUUGCAACAUCAUUUGGCCAAUGUUCACAAGAAACAGGGUGGUGCGGAACGUACAAUGUCAAAUGAUGGUGAUGAUUAUAACAUGGAUGAAUCGGUUGGUGGAACUGGUGGUGGUGGUGGUGCAGAUGCUACGGCCGCAGAUUUGUCGGGUAUAUCUACACCUGUUAGUGUUUCAGGAGGAGCGGGCGGCAGCGGAGGUGAUGGCAGUUCUGGUCCCCUGUACUGGUAUCAGUGUAAAUAUUGCCCCUCCAAUUUCAAUACAAAUAAGAAAUUGGCCAUACAUAUUAAUUCCCACGAUGAAUUCGAUUCCAAUGACUAUUCCUGCAAGGAUUGUGGCAAUGUAUAUAGCGGACGCAAAAGUCUUUGGGUACAUCGUUACAAGAAACAUCCCCAAAUUCCCGAACCAUCCGAAUGUGUUUUGUGUAAAAAAGUAUUCUUCGACAGUCAAAUGUUGGAUCAUCACAUACCGACAUGUAAUCGCAAGCCCAUUACUUCGGCCAACAAUGAAACAGGUGGCGCUGGAACACAAUCUUCUGCUGCUGCCAUAUACAAACACAAAACUGGCGACGAUGACGAAGACGAUGAUGACCAUUCCCGUGAUGCUCACGACACUGAUGCGAUUUCCACAAAUUUACAAGCCACCGCUGGCAGUAUGAAAAUCAAACUACCAGAGGUUGCAUGUACAAUCUGUGGUGCCCGUUUCACCGAUCAAGAACUCUUUGUCAAGCACAUUCAGAUGCAUGAACAAGAACUCUAUACAGAUAAUCCGCUUGCGGCCAUGUUCGAUACAGGUCCAGCCGAUCCCAAUCAAUUCUAUAUGGAUCGUGUUAACGAUAAUGGCGAGUAUGCGUGUGAUUUGUGUUCAAAGACCUUUACACAAAUGACAGCAUUUAAAGUACAUAGGAAAUGGCAUUUCAGAGGUGAUAACAAACAGAACGAUGCCGAUCAUCUAUCAGCGAAUCAAGUCCACAACAACAACAACAACAGCCUGCCACACAGCAAAUCCCAACAACAGAACCAACUGAAAUCGAACAACCAUCCACAUCUACUGGGAUUACAAGCGGUGGGUUUGGUGCCCCGUCAUUCGAUCAAUUCUUCGGCGCCGCAUGCCCUGAACCGAUCCCAGAAACGCAAACGAGAACUUAAAUGCCAAUACUGUCCGUCCACCUUCAUAAGCAAUAAUAAUCUACGUCGCCAUCUCUUCGAACUGCACAAAAACGAAAUUGGCAACUUACCCGAACCACCGAGAAUCGAAUGUGAUCCACCGAACAUGUGUCGUAAAUGUAAUGUUAAAUUUGAAUCGAAGGCCGAAUGGAUUGAACACAAGGUUGGAGAAGCGAGGGUAAUGAAGCCAUUCGGACCAUUCCAAUGGGGUUGUGAUCUAUGUGGUGCCUAUGUGUCACGCAAAGAGAAACUUAUCAAUCAUUUGCAUAAUCACAUGAAAGAACAGGUGAUAGUUCCAGUCGAAUAUAAUGAGUCCGGACAGCAGAAGCCACAGCAACACAACAACGAUAAUUCCGAGGAACAACAGAAUAAAGAAUCCGCCCAAGAAAUGCAUGAAUUUAAGAAAAUUAAACUGCCUGGUCUGCAACAAAAACCAAUGGCUCAAAUGGAGGAUGACUCCCGGGACAGUGCCAAGGAUCAAUAUGAAAACGAUGAAGAUGGUGAUGGUGACAGUGAGCAGCAACAUGAGUCAAACAAUAAUACACGACAAAAUCAACAACACCAGGGCUAUGGAGAUGAUGACGAUGACGACGAAGAGGAAGAGGAAGAAGAGUUGGAAGAAGAAAUAUUGGAAGGAGAAUUUGAUGAUUUAGCUGUGGGAGCCCAGCAGACUGUGGGUGGCGAAGAAGAUGAAGAAGUCGAUUUGGGCGAAGACGAGGAAGAUGAUGAUGACGAGGAUGAUGAUGAAGAAGACGACGAUGAUGAUGAUGAGGAUGAUGAUGAUGUGGACGAUGAAGAAGUGGAUGAGGACGACCAUGCAGCGCUAAGACAAAAGUCUGCCCCUCCCCCAGCCGCCCAACUGUCAUCACAACAGCCAAAACCACAAUCACGGCCCAAUGCAAACUAUUCCGAGGUUGAUGAAGAUGAUGAUGACGACGACGAUGAGGAUGACGAUGACAACGACAGCGAUGAGUUCGAUGAUGACGAUGAUGCCUCAUCAACGGAAAACCGUAAACCCAACAAUGUUGUGGCCAAUGCCGUUGUUAAAUCCCGCUUCUCCUGUGAUCUCUGCCAAGUGUAUUUCGACACCCAGCUCGAACUGCAGAAACAUGUAAAAAUGCAUUUCCUCAAUGGACCCGGUUCGGUGACAUUGACCGGCAUUAAGACCUCCAAAUCAUCCUCAUCCUCGAACAAGAGUCGAAGCAGUAGUAGUGAUGUUUUGGCCGUCUCCUCAUCAUAGAGCAUACGAGUCGUCGUACAACAAACAUAUUUAAGUAAAUUUAGAAUAUAUUUAGAAUUAUUAACUUGUUAAUGUGUGCCACAAAGCAAAAUGGAAAAUGGAAAGAAAUGGGAAUUCCAAUUCCAUCUGUCAAAUAAAAUUCCACAAAUUUGCAAAAUGAAUUCCUAUGGAAUUUUCAGAAAAUUCCAAAUGAAAAUUGGAAACAGGAAAAAAAUGUAAUUGAAUUUCGUCAAUAAAAGAAAUACUCUGAAACGUUUUGAUUAAAGAAAUUAAAUACUUUUAAUUUAAGAUGUAGAAUUGUGUUGUCGCCCGGCAGCACAACAGAGUUACAACAUUGUCGAGCCACUGAAACUUCAAUUGCAAGUGAAAAUAUUUAGAUAUUAAAUACAUUUAAAAUUUAUGCAAGUGUAUUGUUCUUUUGUAAAUUACCUCUGACCGUUUUAUAUUUAUUUACAUGAAUUGCCAUAGUUGUUUUAUGUUGACAAAAUUAUUAUUUUUUUGUGUAUCUGUUUGUUUUACUAUUAUUUGUUAAGUUUUACACUAAAACGCCACUUCUUCCCUUCAACUUUGUGUAAUGUUUAACUGUACAAAAAUAAUAUUUUACUUUUCGCUUAAGAAUGUUUAACAUGAAAAUGUUUCGUCUUUCUUAACCCACAUCCAUAGAAUGUAUGUUUUUUUUCUAUGUUUAUAUUUAUUUUAUUUACUAUACAUUUUGAAUUUCCAUAAAUUUUAAUACAAUGUAGUUAUAUAAUGUAGUCAUUAACACAACAACACUUGAAUUUUUACUUCAAUUUUUUUUGUAUUACCCCCUAUUGGGGGUCAUUUCGAAUGAAGUCCGAAUCAAAAUUGAAAAUUCAGGAUUUGAUUUAUUAUUGGUUCCCCCCAAUUCAACUAAAUUCUUCAAUCAUGCUUUGUCUUUAAUUCAAAAGAACAAAUUCAAGUUGGUCGUCUUUCAAAAUUUGCCAUAUAGUAUGGAUUUUUGUUUGGAACACUAAUAACAACUUCUUCAAUUCUGUUGGCGAAUCAACGCAAGUAGUCACAACAAAAAAUAUUUAAACAUUCAAUUAUUUAUAACUAAUAGAAUAUAAAUAAUAAAAAAAUACAAAUUAGAUUAUAAGCUAUCUCCAUACACUAAAUUUAUAAAUUAAAAACAAAACAAAAAAUAAAAACACACGACAAUGAACUAUGUGAAAAACAAAAUGCAUCGUUUAAAUACUAAUUAUAUAGAAAUUUCACAAAUAAAAAACAACAGCAAA